AAACAGUUUCAGUGUUUUGACAUUGUUGGUGAACUCAAGAUGAAAACUGCAACCACAAAGUUUGAAGCCCUUAAGGGUCAACGUCCUUCUUCCUUGUCCAUCAACAAAUAUUCCCAUUUGAUUCGCAAGCCUUCUUCAUCAUUCACCAAAGCCAUCACCAAUAACCCCAUCAUCACCUACACCGAAUCCCCCAAGAUAAUUCACACCAAGCCUCGAGAUUUCAUGGCUCUCGUUCAAAGCCUAACUGGCAUGUCCAACUCCAGUCAACAUCUCUUCCACGAUGCUUCCUCCUCUCACAAUUCUGCCUCUCUUACCAGUGAUGCCUCCAACAACCGACAACAUGAACAACAACAUGAGGAAGAUGUUUCUGUUAAGGAACACCCUUUUUCUCCUUCUAAUAUGGAUUUUUCGGAUUUCCCUAUUUUCACUCCAAAUUCUGUGUUUACAUAUACAGGUUCGCCAUUUGGGUUUUUGAGUGCUUUGUUAUCACCUUCUGGAAUGGAAUUCAUGAAAGAAUUGCCUGAAUAUUAGUGGAAUAUGUUAGUUUUUUUACAUGUACAUGAGAUGAAUCUUCUUUUUCCAAAUUCAGAUUUCUUAGAUGAAUAUGAAGAUGUAGGUUUUUUUCUUCUUCAAAAUUUCGUAUGUUAAUUUAAAAAUAAAACACAGCUAUAAAUUUUGUGUGAAAUUGAUGACAUAUAAAUUCAUUAUAGAGACAGAUUCAAACACAUAUAGAUUUAACUUAUAUAAAGAUUCAUAACAUCUUCAACUCAAAAAUCUAACUUUUCUUUUGUAAAAGUGGCAAGCACAGCUUGAAUUUUCUGGCUUGCUAUAUCUAUAUUGUGAGACAUUGUUGGAGGUCCUUGGAUUCCCUAUUAUAUUAUGCAGCCACUUGUUUUUAGUAUUUUAUUAAUAAAAGCUGCCAGUUAGUAUUUUGUAAUUAUUAUGUUUCUUUGCAUUAUUGAUUUUUAAAACAAAGGGCAUGCUCAUGCACUGGCGUGAAUACUAUAAAUUCGUCUUUCCUAUUUAUCAUGGUUUAAUAUAUAAUUUCAAUGGGCGUCUAAGAAAAAUUAAACAA